CUUACAUAUUAUUGUACACAAUUCUCUUGAAAAUAUAAAUAAAUAUCGCGGAGGUGUAAUCGUAAUAGGCAACGAGACUACAAUCGAUCACUCACAACAUUACCAACAAUAACAAAUACCACAUGUCCACAUGCCACAUCCAUAACAAACUGGCCGAUAUGAGAACAAAGCACCGAUAUUGUUUUAAGAAUAAAGGAAGGGUGGCGGGUGCGUAGCCUCAGCCUUCCAAUGCGCAUCGGCUGGCACGUUUGAAAUAUUACUUUUUAGUACGACAGUAAGUGUAAGUACCUAUAUUAUAGUUACAGAGUAAUCAUCCAGCAACAGUGAUCGAUUCCGUCAGAAGUAGAAACGUCUCGAUCCGACUCUUGUGUAUGCUCACUAAAUUAUAGUACCUAAGUCUCUUUAUAAUUUUUGUUUUUAUUUCCUUAAUCGAUUUUCUAGUAUAAUAUAUUUAUAAAGCAAAAAUAAGUCAUGUGCUGGAUACUCUCGGCGAGGUGGUGAUUAUACCAAGUCAGCGGCAGAAGGAAUAGUGAAACGCUCUCACUGCAGACGUUUGAAGUACACUUGUGUUUUGUACCCUGAAAAAUGGCCAUAUAUGACGAUAACUUGUCUGACAAGAUGGGCGCUUUAUCUGUCGACGACCACUGGAUAGAACUCGGAUUGGACGAUUACAUUCAGACACAGCUAAAAAAAAUCAAAAAUGACUUUGAAAGCGUUUUCUCCUGGGAUAUACAUAAAUCAUCAGAAUUCAAUCAAAAUCUUUAUUUGAACAUCACUGAUAGAAUUCAAGAAAACCUAUCUAUGAUUAUAGACGAAAUAGAUGAGAAUGAGUUUAAUUUUUAUAGAUUCUAUUUACAAUUAAUUGUUAUUCACGAAGAUUAUACGAGCAAAAGAUAUAAGGAAUCGUAUGUGGGAAUUGAAACUAUUGUUAAAUUUAUGGAAACGUGUACAUUUGACGAGUCAAACAAACAGAACUUUAAUGUAUACCAUCAUAUUGCUCAAGCCACCAAUGCAUACAUUUCAUUAACAUUGAAGAUUGAUUCAGAAAAUUUACUGAAUGAUGUGAAGCCAGCUAAAAAUUUUAAUGAUACUGAGAAAGCUGCUAUUUGUGCGGUAAAAGCCAGAAUUUUUAUGGAAUAUCCUCCAAAAGGAAAUAAUAUUGCUUUAGAAUUGACUGAACGAGCCCUUGCCCUUCAUUAUUUACCUGAAUGGCUACUUAUUUGGUUAAAAGCCAAAAAGGUAGUAAGACAUGAUAAUGCACCAUACACAAUACCCGGGGACGAAGAAAUUAAUGCUGCUUUAUAUUUAUACAAAACACAAACAAAGCCUAAAUUUUUAAUUCAUGCCUAUCAACUUUUUAAGGAAGCAGGUUAUAUCAAUAAUGUAAACAAAAACUAUGGACAGUCAAAAUAUUUUUUUGAUUAUUCGUAUAAAAUAGCUAAGUAAGUAGUUAAUCUAUGUCAACCAAAAGGUAUUGAUAAAUGAAAAUUAGUAACUCAAAUUUUUAUGGUCUAUCCCAUAUAGGUACAAAAUUAUAAUUUUUUGAGUUAGUCACUAACUUGUCAUUUUGGGAUUAAUACAUUUUUAACCAUUAUAACAAUCAUAUAAAAUCGAUUUUUAUGUUUAUUGUUUUUCCAACCAUCCCUUUAGGUUUUAUGAUCUUAUUAAUUUUUUUGUUGAUUUAACAAUUUCAUAAAUUUUUUGAUAGAAAAUCGAUGGCAUUGGCAAAGGACGAUCCAAAUAAACUAAAUUCUAUAUUACUGUAUUGCCUACACUAUCCGAAAAAUUUACUGUCAAAAAACUUUAUAGACCAUAUAAUUUCAAAACUGUCAAAUAUUAAAAAUGGCUGUGUGCAUUUAACUAUAGGCAGAUAUUAUCUAAAACGUGAAAAAGUAUGAUAUUUAACAAUGGAUUGUUGGGUGAAAAAAGAUUUAUUUUUGUUUUGUUUCAGGAUUAUAAAAAAGCUAAAACGUAUUUCUCUCGUGGACAGGCUUAUGGUAAUUUCAAUAGCUCAUUGCAGUUAAUAAAAGUAGAAUGUCUGUUACAAUCUGUCCACGAAUUUCCGUAUGUUCAGACAUUAAAUGAGAUGUAUAAUGAUUUUCAAAACCCCAAAAGAAGGGUUACUAUUUUAAUUCAUAUAUUAAUGUAUUACAAUUUCUGUGAAAAUAAUCCAAAAGAAAUGAUGCGCUACCUUAAAUUAUACACUGAUCAAGAUAUCGAAGAUACUUUUAAAAAAUGUCAAUUAAUGUAUGUUUGUUCAUUGUUCAAUGUAGGCAGAUUUUUAGAACGAAAUGAUUUUCUGAAUGUUUUAUUUGCAAAUGUAAAAGAGUUAAUAAACAAUAAGUGGGAUGAAGAAGAAAAAAAGAUGAUUGAAAACACAUUUGAUCGGUUCAAUAAAAUAUUGAAUAUUCAAAACAAUAAUUUUGAUGAUGAUAAUAACUUAUAAAACCGCUGUUCACAAUAAGAAUGAAUCUUGACGAAAUAACAACACAACUCGAGGCAUGAAUUUGGCAGUCAUCCAUCUGAUGAGUUAUUUUUUUUUUUGCUUUUAUAUUUAAAUACUCAAUAAUAUUAAUCGUUCUGUUUUAUUGUAGCCAUAUUAAGUUAAUAUUUUCUUUGUAUGUGCAAAUUUGGUUUACAAUGUAUGGGUCAAUAGCUGGCCAUUGACAUUACUAUAUUUGAUUUAUUUAUAUUUGUGUACCAAUUAAAUUUUUUUUUUAUUCUUUAAAGAAAAUACAUUAUUUUAAACCAAGUUUUAAAUGAUGGUAAAUAAAAUUUUGUAGAAAAUAUGUAUCAUAAUAUGGUGUAGCGCAAAAUAUUUAAAAUAUUGCAGUAGUUGUAGAUUUCUGUGCAGCAACUCAAUAUUGUCAAACCGCCUCUGGUGUCGUGUACAAUAAUAUAUCUAUAAAAUGUACAAUAUUAUUAAUAAAUACAAUUGAUCAAUAAGUACUUU